AUGACUUCGAAAGUUGGGCCAGUUGCCUGCAAAACUUUCCGCGAGAAGCUCGGACCCGAAAUCCUCGAAAUAUUUGAUCAACACUUCAAAUCAUUCACAGACGUUCAGGUUCUCGCCGGCACACAUCUGCUCAACCAUUGCGAUGUGGUCGUCGAAUCGCCGACCGGCUCCGGAAAAACGUUGGCGUUCGUUCUGCCGAUGGUGCGCGUCCUACAGACGGCGCAAUUGGGCAAAGACGAGAUCGGCGCUCUGAUUCUGUCGCCGUCGAGGGAAUUGUGCACCCAAAUUGUGAACGUCAUCAAGCCGUUCGCCGACAAGCUUUCGCUUACGGUAGAUACAGUAACCGGAGGGCAGAAGGUUGAGAAGAACGUGAAAAUGUUCCGAAAUCGGGGAACUAGCAUUCUUGUUGCGACACCGGGCCGCUUAUUCCAAAUCAUUCAACACGAGAAAACGCUGAUCGCAAGAAAAAUGAAGAAUCUCCAACUUCUCGUCAUCGACGAAGCUGAUCGAUUCAACGAGAUUCAAUUUGAGGAUCAUAUGCGCGAAAUUCUCUCGUGUAUCCCGAAGCAGCGACGAACCGGACUGUUCUCGGCGACGCAGGUCAAAGACGACGACGAUCUGAUGGUGUUCGGGUUGCGAAACGCGAAACGCGUGAAAGUGGCGCACGAGGCGAACUCGGCGGCGCCGUCGUCGCUCAACAGCUACUUCACCGUCUGCGAUGCCGACGAGAAGACGAGCGUUUGUCUGGAGUUCGUCAGGCAGCGGAAAACCAAAAAAUUUUUGAUAUUCUUCCCGUCGUGCAACGCCGUCUCAUAUUUCCACAAGAUUUUCGAGCGCUGUCUGACGAAACGCCCGCUGUUCGCCGUCCACGGCAAAUGCUCGAAUAGUCAUCGCGCCGCACAAAUCAAGCGAUUCACCGAGAGCGCGAACGGUGUGAUGAUCUCGACGGACGUGAUGGCGCGCGGAAUCGACAUCGCCGACAUCGAUUGGGUUGUGCAAUACGAGUUGCCGAAGCAUUCAAGCUGGUUUGUUCAUCGAGCUGGACGAACGGCGCGCUGCGGCCGCGACGGCAACGCGCUCAUCCUCAUCGCCACCGAACAAUUCCCCUAUAUUGAGUUUCUCGAUAAGCAUGAGAAGGUGAAGCUCGAGGAGGUCAAAGUGCCGACGCAUACCGCCCUUAAAGCCGAGGAGCUUCGCGAGAAGAUGAUCAAGAUCCAGUGUUCGGAUCGGGCGAUCCUUGAAGCCGGCACGAGGGCGUUUGUGAGCCAUAUCGAGUUUUACGCGAAACAUGAUUGCCAUAUCGUUUGCCCGUUGAACGAUUUGAACGUCGUCGGACUCGCGAAAUCCUACGCGCUUCUUCGACUCCCGAAAAUGCGCGAGUUGUCGCAACGCAACGAUUUGGAGCAGUUCGAGCGAAGCGCCAUCGAAACGUCGACGAUCGCCUACGCGGAUCCGAAGCUCGAAGCGAACCGAAAGCAGAUGAUGAAGGAGAAGCACGAGAGGAAGAUUGAGACUCUCGCGGCGAAAGAGAAGAAGCGUCGGGAGAAGGAGAUGCGGAAAAUGAAGAGGAACGGAUUCAAGAGCGGUCGACAAGCGAAAAUGGAAAUUAAGAAGGCGCAGAAGCGAAAAGCUGAAGAAGAGGAUGACACACAGAAUGACAUCAGACUUUUGAAAAAGAUUAAACGCGGAAAAUUGUCGAAAAAAGAGAUCAAAAAUGUCCUCUAA